AGCAUGAAUUCGAAGGAACAGCCUUGGCCACAGCAGGCACCUUAUGCUUUUAUUGAGUACGCAAAGCACUUUCUGUAGCUAUUCGGCAGAUGCGAUGUAUUCUCCUGGCUUCAUAGCAACCGUUAUAAGACAUACGAAGAGUGUCUAUAUAAAUGCUUCAUUAAACGCAGCAGAGGACAGUUUUAUUGUAGGUCUUUUUUUUCUUUUUUUCACUGCUUCGAUUCUAGCUAUCAAUCAUUGUGAUAAUGCCUGCACUCCACAAACGAGAGCACGACGAAAGAUUAUUUUAUGUUUCAUGACUCUUUUAUACAACCCAUAAGAGUAACUAUUUAAAAGAUCAUCUGCUACGAAAGAAGUUCUUCAUGAUCUGGUAAUAAACUUGAAAGGGCUCAAAAGGGCUCUAAUUAUUUUAUGGUUGGG